GGCCGGGCUGGCGCGAUGGCGGCGGCGACAAUGGUGGCGGCGGCGGGCGGCGGCGACUUCUCGGAUCUGCGGGAGAUCAAGAAGCAGCUGCUGAGCGUGGCGGAGCGGAGCCGCGAGCGCGGGCUGCAGCACAGCGGGAAGUGGGCUGCUGAACUUGCGUUCGCCCUGGAGCCACUGCCACUGAGCGAGCUGCCGCCUCCCCCCGUGCUCACCGAGGAGGAUGCUCGUGAUCUGGAUGCCUACACGUUGGCCAAGUCUUACUUUGAUCUCAAGGAAUAUGACAGGGCUGCCUACUUUUUACAGGGCUGCAAGAGCCAGAAAGCUUACUUCUUGUACAUGUACUCCAGAUACCUGUCAGGGGAAAAGAAAAAGGAUGAUGAGACAGUUGAUAGUUUGGGACCUCUGGAAAAAGGACAGGUGAAAAAUGAAGCUCUACGAGAAUUGAGAGUUGAGCUCAGCAAGAAACACAAGGCACAGGAACUGGAUGGCUUUGGCCUUUAUCUGUAUGGUGUUGUGCUGCGGAAACUGGACCUGGUGAAAGAAGCAAUAGAUGUGUUUGUUGAAGCUGCUCAUGUCCUGCCUUUGCACUGGGGAGCCUGGCUGGAACUUUGCAACUUGAUUACAGAUAAAGAGAUGCUGAAGUUCCUGUCCUUGCCAGAUACAUGGAUGAAAGAGUUCUUUCUUGCACACAUUUAUACAGAGCUGCAGCUGAUAGAGGAAGCUCUGCAGAAGUACCAGUCUCUCAUUGAUGCAGGAUUCUCCAAAAGCACUUAUAUCAUCUCUCAGAUUGCAGUUGCCUACCACAAUAUAAGAGAUAUUGACAAAGCUUUAUCCAUCUUUAAUGAACUGAGGAAACAAGAUCCUUACAGGAUAGAAAACAUGGAUACUUUCUCCAACUUGCUCUAUGUAAGGAGCAUGAAGCCUGAGUUGAGCUACCUGGCUCAUAAUCUCUGUGAGAUAGACAAGUACCGUGUUGAGACCUGCUGUGUAAUUGGAAAUUAUUAUAGCUUGCGUUCCCAACAUGAAAAAGCAGCACUCUAUUUCCAGAGGGCCUUGAAACUGAAUCCUCGUUAUCUAGGAGCCUGGACACUUAUGGGACAUGAGUAUAUGGAAAUGAAGAACACAUCUGCAGCUAUUCAGGCUUAUAGGCAUGCAAUAGAGGUGAACAAAAGGGACUACAGAGCGUGGUAUGGCUUGGGGCAAACCUAUGAAAUCCUCAAAAUGCCAUUUUACUGUCUCUACUAUUACCGACGGGCCCACCAGCUCAGACCAAAUGAUUCUCGUAUGCUGGUUGCUCUAGGAGAAUGCUAUGAAAAACUCAAUCAGUUGGUGGAAGCUAAGAAGUGCUAUUGGAGAGCUUAUGCUGUGGGAGAUGUGGAGAAAAUGGCACUUGUGAAACUUGCCAAGUUGCAUGAACAGCUGAAUGAAUCUGAACAGGCAGCUCAAUGCUACAUCAAAUACAUCCAGGAUAUUUAUUCCUGUGGGGAGGUAGUGGAGCACCUGGAGGUCAGCACUGCAUUUCGUUACCUGGCCCAGUACUACUUCAAAUGUAAGCUUUGGGAUGAAGCCUCAGCAUGUGCUCAGAAAUGCUGUGCCUUCAAUGAUACUAGAGAAGAAGGAAAGGCCCUGCUGCGCCAGAUCUUACAGCUUCGCAACCAAGGAGAAACAUCAUCCACAGAUGUUGCUGCUCCCUUUUUCCUUCCUGCAUCCUUGUCAGCCAACAACACCCCCACACGCCGUGUCUCCCCUCUCAAUCUGUCUUCAGUAACACCAUGAACAAUUCUGAUACUUCUAACUUGUGCAUUGGAUGUGACAUUGCAAAUGGAACAUGCAACCACUUACUUCUUUCUGGGGAAAUUCCUCCUCUUGUUGUUGCCCUCACAUAAAGGGAAGGAGUUAGCAGAGUCCACAGCUGAAGACAGACGAAAACAGGGAAAGGGGAGCCUGAUGUGAAAGUGCCUGUGCUGCGGUGUGAGAACCUGCUCUACUUCUCACCAAGUCAUUCCAGUCAGAGGGCAGACAUGUCCCACUACACAGGACUGCUCCUAAGGGAGGCAUUGGGAAGAGCUUGUGUGCUUGAGUUAAAAUACAUUUUGAUUCUGCCCAGUUACCUCUGGUCUUUACUGCAUUUCUUUGGAGGACCUCUUGUGGUAUCACGGCUGUCAUCAGAGACUUUUGCUUGUCUUGAACUGCACAGGUGAUGUUUCACUGAAGCAGUAGAAUAGGCACUUAGAGAUAGGUUCCAUGGGUAUGUUAAAGUAUUGGCAAAUGUCAGAGGAAUCCCAAGUAACUACAGGUGACAGCUGUCUGAGUUCUCACUGUAGUUCUGAUGGAUAGUUUUGGCUUUCAGUAGAAAAGCAGUCGGGAUAGCACAAUUAAAAAAAAAUAAUGAAAUUACAGUUCUUGGGCUUCUUUGUGGUGCAGCUUCCAUGUGCACUGUAGCAAUGGAAUCAAAUGAACUAUAACGUAUUGUUUUGUUAAGGAGGCAAAAAGAUACCUUUGUUUCAGAAUUGGUGUCUUUGUUCACCCCUUUAAAUUUACAGCCACA